GAGCGUUGGAAGCCAUUUUGGCUGCAACCUACCUGAAGUGAUGUCUGCCUUUGGUCACGACGAGGCCUGGAUGGAGGCCGGAGGCUUUGGCCUGGAGGCUGCCGAAAGAACGGAAUACCAGUCUCUGUGGAAAUCUAAACUCUUAUUCCUGGGAGAGCAGAGCGUAGGGAAGACAUCCGUCAUCACCCGCUUCAUGUACAACAGCUUCGGCUGCGCCUGCCAGGCAACUGUUGGAAUUGACUUCUUGUCUAAGACCAUGUACUUGGAGGACCAAAUAGUUCAGCUGCAGCUAUGGGACACAGCUGGCCAGGAGCGCUUUCACAGCCUAAUUCCUAGCUACAUUCGUGAUUCAACUAUUGCAGUGGUUGUCUAUGACAUCACAAACAUCAAUUCUUUUAAGGAGACAGAUAAGUGGGUAGAACAUGUACGAGCAGAAAGAGGUGACGAUGUUGUCAUCAUGUUGGUGGGUAAUAAGAUUGAUUUGGAUAACAAAAGACAAGUCACUGCAGAAGAGGGUGAAGAAAAAUCCAGAAACCUCAAUGUGAUGUUUAUUGAGACCAGUGCCAAAACCGGUUACAACGUGAAAAAGCUGUUCCAGCGUGUGGCUUCUGCCCUUCUUUCCACAAGGACUUCACCUCCACCAAAAGAGGGGACGGUUGAAAUCGAACUGGAAUCCUUCGAGGAGUCAGGCAACAGAAGCUAUUGUUGACAGCUUAGGCUUUCUCUGCCUCUGAUGGAUUUCUUACAUUUGGGCUUGCCAUACCAGUUCUCCUCCCCACCUCGUUUUAUGAUACAUGGCCACUUACUCUCUUCCAAUUCCUAGGCUUGGGGUAAAAACAGAACCCCUGAAAGUGCUAUCAUUUUAUCCUGACUGCAUCUCACAGCUACUGGGUGGAAGCUUCUUGCAGCACCUGGGAAUUCUACCUUACCUUCUCCGACAGCUAAAAGACAUCUGUAGAGAAUACAGUUCUAUAGCAGCUGACAUACUUCAAAGGCCAAUACAAUUCAUUCUCCACUGUUUGUUGUUGUUUACCUACACUCUCAAUAAAUGGUUCUUUAACCUAA